GAUCUCGGACCCCAUCUUUGGCACCGUGGUCUACUCCUAUGCAAGGCUCUCGGAAUCCUGGGAGGACUUUUUGGAUGCCUUUCAGUUUCCGAAGGGCUCUCCUAUUCGUCAACACAUCCGGCAGCUCUUCUCGCGUGAGGACCUGGACGCACAGUUCCAGAGGCUUUUCGACGUCUUGUGCACUGGAUCAACAAUGAACCGUCACGACUUCGAACACUUCAGCCGUGGUAUCCAGGGGCAUCUGCACAUUCUCACCGACAAGAAGACGAAGAUCGCGCUGCUGUCGCCGACACAGGAGGACCUACAGUGGAUCGCAGCAAACUUCGAGAAAGCCUUCCCGGAGGAGCGGCCACUGAACCGGCAGAACUUUCCGGACGUCGCGAAGCUCGUGCUCUUACGCCGUGUGGUCCGGACGCUCAUCGAGUUUGUUGGUAUCGACCACAUCCAGGGGGGUAUGGCUGCUCCUUUGGUGGUCGAUAUCGCUGUGAACCUGGGAUCUGCAAAGGGUCCCCCGUUUCGAAUCCACACCGUGGCGCCGAGCUCGCGGCCAACCCUGGAAAGCGGCGAAAGACUCAACGCCAUCUCCGAGUAG